AUGGAAUCAGCCUAUUCAUUAACACCUCUUCAUGUUGCAUGCCUAGCAAACAAUUAUGAUAUGGCAAAGUUUCUUUUGGAAAGAGGUUCAAAUCCGAAUUCACGUACACUUGAUCGGCUAACUCCCUUGCAUUAUUCUGCGAGAAAUAAUAAUGUUCGGAUAGCAGAGAUGCUUAUUAAAAAUGGUGCUGUUCUUCAAGGUGAUGAAAAUAGACAAACACCUAUAGAUUAUGCGAAAAAGAAUGGAAAAGAAAACUCAAAAAUUUUGACUCUUUUUGAAGAAACCAAAGAAAGAAAUGAAGGUUUAGAUAUACUUGUUAACAAAAGUUAUGAUGAUUUUAUUAACUUCUGUAGUGAAAAUCCACAGAGAAUUAAAUUAUUUGGAAGUGAUUUUCUGAUCGAAGCUGUGAAACUUUCAAAACUGAAAAUAAUAUCAUUUUUGAUGAAAAACGGAGUUUCUCCAGACUCUAGAGAACCUGGAUCUGGAAAUACAGCACUUCAUAUUGCUGCUAUAAAUGGGUUAGAAGAAGCAACUUUCGUUUUAAUCCAAGGUGGUGCAAAUUUAUUGGAAAAUACAAAUAAUAAAACAGCUGUUGAUGUAGCUAAAAGUGACACUGUUGGAUUAAUGUUAUCUAUCAAAUAUUUAGGAACUAUUGUUUCUCCAGAAGUUGCUUUUGAAGCGGUUGAUACCAAGAGGAUGUCAUUAUUGUUGAUAAUUCUUGAUAGCGGUUUUGAUAUCAACACUAAAAACAAAAGUGGUAAAACUUUGCUACACCACACAACAAAAAUCGGAGAUUUCGAUUUUGUUAAAAUAUUAUUGAUCAAAAAUGCAGGAAUCUGCUGUAUGACACCUAAUAAAGUAACUCCUCUUCACAUUGCAGCAAGAAGAGGUUACACAGAUAUCGUAAAAGAAUUCGUGAAAUAUGGUGCAGUUUUGACUAAAGACAAAGAUGGUAAAACUGCUUUAGACUAUAGUAGCAAUGAUGAAAUUCGAGAGAUAUUAAGCGAAUUAGAUAGAUCAGUUAGCAAAAUAUCAAAAUGCAAGAACAAAGAAGAUUUUAAGAAUUUCAUCAAAAAGAACAAAAACAUUGCAAUUAAUAACAUUAUACCUUUCUCUUUUGCAGCAGUUAAGUUCCAGUCAAGUCAUGCACUUAAAUUUUUAUUUACAAAAGGUUUGCGGCCAAAUGUACAAAGUCAAGAUGGAGACAUGCUUUUGCACUGUGCUGCAUCAAAUAAUGACAUUGCUUCUAUGAUAAUUAUUCUGGAAAAUGGUGCAAAAAUAAAUGCACUUGAUUCGCAAGGAGCUGCAGCUCUUCAUUAUGCAUCUAUGAAAGGAAAUGUUGAAAGUGUUGAUUUGCUUCUGGAAAAUGGUGCAGAUCCUAAUCUUCAAACAAGAGGAGGUAUGACUCCUUUGAUGCUUGCAGCAAGAAUGAAUAAUUCAGGUGUUAUUGGAUUACUUCAGAGAAAAGGUGCGAAAUUAGAUAUUAAAAAUGAAAAGGGAUUAACUGUCGUUAAGAUAGCAAAAUCAAGACACGAACACGAUUUCUUGAAAUGUUUGAAAAAACAUUUCGAUGAAGAUACACAUAAAGCAGAAAAUUAA